GAAAACUUUCUCUCUUCGAUUCUUCUAACCCUUUGGGGCUCCGAGUUUCCAUUUUUUUUUUCCCGGUCAAUUUGGUUGGCUCUCAGAUCAUUGACUGUGACAAUGGCGAAUAUGAAGCGCUGGAUCGUGACCUACACAAAGCACACGAAGCAGAAGCGCAAAGUUUACCAGGACGGUUUCUUAGAGCUCGACAUCUCUACCAACAAGAUCAUACUCUAUGAUGAUUGCGAGAGGCUCUUGGAAUGCAGGAUCGCGAAGAAGGAUGAAGUAGUUAGCUCUGGUGAAACACUGACAUUCAAUGCUUAUCUUGUUGAUGUGGGUGAUCCUGAGGGAGAUCAUAAGCCUCUAUCUGAUUUGAAUUCACAAGGAAGUGAUAAGAAAAUCACUGAGAAACCCGGUUUGCUGAAAAGACAAAAGUUCAGGAAUCAUUCGGUUUCUUUUGGUAUUGAAGAUAGAAAGAAUGAUGUGGAGAAGAAUAAAGCACGACCAACUUUGAGCCCUUCGCAUAAAAUUAUCAGAGGUGAUACCGUGAUUAGCAUUAAGGAAGAUGAUGCCCCGGAGAGAAGGGGCAUUCAAGAGUGA